CACAUAUUCCUGAGGUUUGCUCCUCUGAAUAACAAGAUUGAAAUGAGCUGGUUGAAAUUAUUGUUGACAGUGCUUGCAAUACUUGUGCAUCUGCACAGGUUCAAUUCCCAGGAUGUUUAUGUUUAUGGAGCAGAUACCAUUCCGCUGGGAGGCUCGCUCAGUGGAAAUCAAACCAUUAUAUCAAAGAACGGAACUUUUGAAUUGGGAUUUUUAAGUCCCACCGGAACCAAUAAUUGGUAUGUUGGUAUCUGGUAUGCCCAGAUUCCAGAGAAGACCAUUAUCUGGGUAGCCAAUAGGGAGAUUCCUCUCAGAAACAUGCCAGGAGUAUUAAAACUGUCUACUGACGGGAAUCUCAGACUGUUUGAUUUAGAUGGGCGAUCAAUUUGGUCAUCCGACAACAUGGUGGAAGCCUCUCGGGCAAGGAUGUUGGAUUCUGGCAAUUUCGUCCUGGUAGGGGCGCACGAUACUUCUGUGUUUGUUUGGGAAAGUUUCAAGCAUCCGACGGAUACGUGGUUGCCAGGGAUAAAGCAGUGGAAAGGCCUUCAACUGACGUCUUGGAGAAGUAGUUGGGAUCCAGCGCCUGGAUAUUUCUCUUUCGGAAUGGAUCCAUCUCCACAAAGUAAGCAGAUUCUGCUGCUUUAUAACGAGAGCAUUACAUACUGGUACAGCGGACAGUGGACUGGUGACCAUUUCAGUGAUCUUCCGGAAUUGGUAGAUCAAAAGAUGGUGUCCUUGUCUUUUGUGACCGUUUCUCCUUUAAAAUCAUACUUGAUCUUCACAUUGAAUCCACAGAUUGCAAGUGCCAAGGCGCGGUUUGUUUUGGACAAGAGUGGGCAACUGAGAAUGUACUUUUGGGUUCAAGAGAUUGGGUGGAACUUGGUGUGGUCAGCACCAGCAGAUGGAUGUAAUGUGUAUGGCGUCUGUGGGGAUUACGGAGCAUGCAACAGCAACAAUAUGCAAUUUUGCAGCUGUCUUCAGGGCUUCAUCACUAAAAACAAUCGUGCCUGGAAUUCCCAACAGUGGUGGGCGAGUGGCUGCGUUCGACGAGAUCCCCUGCAAUGCACUGUCAAUGGCUCCACUGACGGUUUUCUGCAAGUGACAGACAAAUUCUUGAGCAACGAACAAUCUGUUUCUUACCCACAAGAAGUAAUGCUUGAGGGAUGUCAGGCCGCCUGUCUGAACAAUUGCUCCUGCACCGCUUUCGCUAUCACUGGUUCUAGUCCUCCUGUUUGUCAAUUAUGGUUCGGAGAGUUAUUAAAUGUUCGCGAUUCAUCUGAUAACAGUUCUGUUUACAUUCGGUUGGCUGCUUCCGAUUUCGGGGAGCCGUCAUCCAUGCGAGCACGUAGAAUCCGUGAGAUUUAUAUUUCAGUUGCUGCAAUUGCAUUUUUCAUUGCUGUUUUGGCCCUUGUGUUCGCAGCAUGGAGACUUCGCCGUUCAAAUCUACAGCCGCAGAAAUUAGUCGAGGAUGACACGCCAGCGUUCCUGAGGAUGUUCACCUACAAAGAGCUGCAAACUGCGACAGAGAAUUUCAAGCAUAAGCUGGGAAGCGGAGCCUUCGGCUCCGUCUACAAAGGAUCUCUACCAGACAAUACACUUGUAGCCGUUAAAAAAUUAGAGGUUUCAGGGCACGCAGAGAAGCAAUUCCGUGCGGAAAUAAGCACAAUUGGAAGCAUACAACAUGUGAAUUUGGUCAGCCUUCGUGGGUUCUGUGCAGAGAAGCGUAAAAGGCUACUGGUUUAUGAGUACAUGGCCUAUGGCUCUUUGGAUUCCUUCUUAUUCCCGCGAGAUUCAGAAGAGAAGGUGUUGAACUGGAAUGCCAGAUUUCAAAUAGCAGUGGGUGCUGCUCGAGGAUUAGUUUAUCUUCACGAGGAAUGCAGAGAUCGCAUAAUUCACUGCGAUAUCAAGCCCGAAAACAUUCUCCUGGAUGUGGAUUUCAGCCCCAAAGUGGCUGAUUUCGGCAUGGCAAAGAUAGUGGGCAGAGAUUUCAGCCGUGUAUUGACAACUGCGAGAGGAACGAGAGGGUAUGUGGCUCCAGAGUGGAUCUACGGUCUGCCCAUAACUCCCAAGGCGGACGUAUACAGUUUUGGCAUGAUGCUGCUCGAAAUCAUUUCUGGGCGAAGAAAUGUCGACUUACAUCUGCAAAUGAGCAUGCAAUUCUUUCCCACAUGGGCGGCAGCUCAAUUGGAGAGUGGAAACAUAGUGGGUAUUGUGGAUGAAAGGAUAGCUCAUAUUGUAGAUAUUGAAGAGGUAAGGAGAACUUUUGUAGUAGGGCGGCUAUGUAUUAAAGAAGAUGAAAAUGACAGGCCAAGCAUGUCUCAAGUUCUGCAAAUGUUGGAAGGGACGAUGAGGUCUGAAAUUGUAUAAAUUGUUAGAUGCUCAUCGACCCCAAUGCUACCUUCACAAUUUAGAUGCUUGCUCAACUUUUUGUAAUCUGCUCAUAGAUGAUGUCUUCUAGUUUUAAA